AUAUACAAUGCUGUUAAUGUAAUGUACAAAGGUGAUGGUGGUGGUGGUGGUGGUGUUGGUGGUAUGCACUAUCUUUUUCCUUUUUCCUUAGUGUUGAGGCUUUCUUUGCUGUUUUGCUGUAUGGCAGUCAAGGAUGGGGCAUUUGGCUAUAACCCCCAGAUAUCAUCUAACUGGGGUGCACGUGACGGAUGGGUGGUAAGUGAGCCAUCUGAUGUUGUUCCUAGUCUCCUACCUCCAUCAAUUGCUGUAUCAACUGUAUCGUAAAAGAAUCUGUUCGGGGUUUUCAAGCCAUUUGUUCCUUGAAUUUGUUCUGGAUGCAGAUCAGUUUCUCCCUUUGUAGAUAUUAUAACUGUUGGAAAUCAUGCGCAAUGUUUACCCAGACAUUAGAAAUUGGUGCCCAUACUGGUUUUUAGUUCACAUCUUUCUUUCCUUUUUUUCCCCUGAAUUUAUUUUUUUCCCCUCGCAAUUAAAGUGGUCACCAAGAUUUUGAUACUUGAGCAUAUUCUGAUGUGCCAUGACUCAGUACUUGCAGUGCUUACGCGUAUUGCUAUCCUAAUUUUAUCAAAUUGAACUUCUAAUUGUAGUUUGUUCCAGUUUUAUUACUUAAAACUUAGGUAUCAGUGUUCACAUAAGGUAUUUGGCUUGGUACCUUCAACCAAUGACAGCUUUUGCUUUGUUCAUGAAUGCUUGCUUCCACCUCUGUGAUUGAAUUGAGCCCAGGGAAACAGAUGUCAGUUCAUUUCAAUGUAUGUUUAUAUUUGAUGGAAGACCUCGUAGUCUUUUAAUUGCAGGUGUUCUGCUCUCUGAGUUGUAAUAUAGUUCUACUUUGGAGGUUCUUGUUUUAGUGGAAAAUUGUAAUUUUCCUUCUAUAAGAAAAAACAAGUCUUCUA